GGGGGCUGGAGGCAGCCGUCAUCAGCAGAGCUCAGAGUGAGUGUCAGCUGGCUGAGCAGAGCAUGGUGGCAGAGCAGAGCAGAGCAGCAGGACAGGGUGCAGCUGCUGGGCUUUGGCCAGGACGCUCCGAGGAGCCAAACACUUUGGAUCCCACGUCUGACUCCUCCAAGUGAAGAUAUGUUUGAUAACUCCAACUACCCCUUCAACUGUUUCAACUACGAUGGAGAUGGAUACCCUUCAUCCAGCACCGACGAGGAGAAGAAGAUGUGUAGACCCGCGUACAGCUACAUAGCGCUGAUCGCCAUGGCCAUCCAGCAGAGCCCCGAGCAGCGGGUCACUCUGUCGGGCAUCUAUGAGUUCAUCAUGAAGAGGUUUCCUUACUACCGAUCCAACCAGAGAGCCUGGCAGAACUCCAUCAGACACAACCUGUCUCUCAACAGCUGCUUUAUCAAGGUGCCUCGGACUGAGGGAAAUGAAAAAGGAAAGGGAAACUACUGGACUUUUGCCACUGGCUGUGAAUCCAUGCUCGACUUGUUUGAAAACGGCAACUUUCGGCGGCGGCGUCGUCGAAGGAAUGUGAAAAUUGGCCUUCGUGAUUCAGGAGAAACCCCUUUCCACCCUCUGGAGAGCCACAGCAACCAGCACCUACCCUCAGCCCGGCGCCCUGAACCCAGCUCCACCCUCUGCCCCUUGAACCCUGAGAGGCCGAGGAUCCAACCAAACCACCUGGUCCAGAACCCCACCCAGCAGGGCAAGCCAGAGUCAGAGAUCAAGUUUAGCAUUGACUACAUCCUGUCCACUCCGGAUCCACCCCUGCCUGGGUUCAGAUCCUCCCACGGCCCCGUACAUAUAGGGCCCACGGGGCCACCUAUUCAUGUUCUGGAGCCCCAACAACUGAACCUGCACUUCUGGACUCUUUAAGAGGAGAGACUGAACUCAUUACUUCAUCAUUGUCUGUGUCCAAAACUGGGAACUCUGAGGACAUCCAAAGACAGGAAUUCCACAGGAGGAAUUUUACUUGAAAAUGUAAUGAGGAAACAGAAUAAAGAGGUACAGUAUUGUGUGGUGGAUUCUAGCUGGAACAAAAGUCACUUAAAGAAAACAUCUUACUGUCUGAGAAUUCAUCCAAAAGAUUAACUGUGAACAGAACAGAAACAACAAGUAAAGCAUUCAUAUUGUCAUUAUGCUGUUUGUGCGGUGUCUAGUGCUGACAUAGACUAGGUUUACAGUGUUCUCUAGAUGUAUAUACACAGGAACUGUGGGCACUUAAAUAUGAUGUGUUUAAAUGCUUUAAAAUCAGUUGAAACAAAACAAACAUUUGUUGGACUUCUUGAAUCCUCCUCAGAUU